GAAAAACAGUUAUUAUUAAGAACUUUCAAAAACCUUUGGCCCAUAGCCUCUCACCUAUGAACUCUUAUGGCCCCUCUUGAGCAAGAACUGCAUAUUCUGCUGGAUCACUGUUUAUAUAAAAAGGUGUUUGGUUAAUAUGUUACCCAAACUUUGGUGACACCACUGCUUGGUGUGUCAGCUCCUGCUUGCCAUGUGGAAUGUCCUGUGUGAACUCCAGGCACCUUUCUGAGCAAAGGUGUAAGAGAGAACGUUGGAGGUUAGGUCUUUCGUGUCAAUAGUGCAACAUGCUUCUCGUAUUAGAAGCUCUCUGGAGAAUCAUAGAAUCAUAAAAUCAUUUACGUUGGAAAAACCUCUACAUCAAGUCCAACCAUCAACUGAACACCACCAUGCCUACUAAACCAUGUCCCGAAGUGCCAUGUCUACAUGUUUUUUGAACACCUCCAGGGACGGAGAAGCUGACUGGCCACGAAAGUUGGGAAGCAGUACUCCUGACUUUAAUCUGGCACAGGACAGUCGAGUGCACAAUGACUCACUUCAAACAACUCUGAUCCAGAAAAAUCACUUUACAAACAACUGCUACCUCUGCUAAUCAAAGACCCUGCUAAUUGUUCUGAAUCAUUUAAGAUAGUGUAAGCACAUGGAACUGCUUCUUGCUUUAGAUCCCUUGAUAGCACUCUUAUCAAUGCUUUUAUCACCAUUUAAAGCAUGAUCUUUGAACUCCAACAACCUGUUUUAGUAAACAUUUUGUAGAGAUAAAGAUUAAAGACCAUCAGGUUAUAAAUGAGGUACAACUAUUUUUUGCAUUCAUAUGCUGCUUGAAAAAGUAAGAAGGAACAGUUCAUUUCUUUUCCUGCCGACAGUCCCAUGACAGUUAUGUGGAGGUACCAGAUAUACGCUGGGCUCGUCCUUUUUCUUUCUUUCUGGAGUUUGGCAGAAGGUGGGAAGCUCUUGGUCGUGCCCCAGGAUGGAAGUCACUGGCUGAGCAUGCGUGUGGUUCUGGAGAAACUCCGCGAGAGGGGGCACGAAGUUGUUGCGGUGAUUCCUGAAGCCACUUUGCUCAUGAAAAGCUCACAAUCUUUCACCAUCAAAACUUACUCUGUGCCUUACACACAGGAGUUUGUGGAUAGAUACUACCAUUCCAUUGGUGAAAACUGUUUUGAAAACCCUACCUUUCUAGAAAAAUUUACAAUUUUACUCAGCAAUAUAUCAGAACUGACCAACGUGUUCUCUUCCACUUGCCGGCAUCUCUUAUAUGAUGAAGAACUAAUGAAGUACCUCCAGGACAGCAAAUUUGAUGCCAUUAUGAUGGAUCCUGUGUUGCCUUGUGGACCAAUUGUUGCUGAAUAUCUCUCCCUCCCUUCAGUGUACUUCAUGCGUGGUCUUCCGUGUACCUUAGACUACAAAGCCACUCAGUGUCCCAGUCCUUAUUCUUACGUGCCAAGGAUUUUCACAUCCAAUUCAGAUCACAUGACAUUUACGGAGCGUGUGAAGAACCUCCUGGUUGGGUUUUCAGAGCAUUUGGUUUGCUAUCUGUUUUAUUUAAAAUACGAGAACUUAGCUUCUGAGUUUCUUCACAGAGAAGUAACGGUACUGGAACUGUUUAGCAAAGCGUCUGUUUGGCUGAUGAGAUAUGACUUUGUUUUUGAGUAUCCGCGCCCAAUAAUGCCCAAUAUGGUCUAUAUUGGAGGCAUCAACUGUGAGCAGAAGAACCCAUUAUCAAAGGAAUUUGAAGCUAUCGUGAAUGCCUCUGGAGAGCAUGGCAUCGUUGUCUUCUCGCUGGGCUCCAUGGUCUCUGAGAUUCCUAUAAAGAAAGCCACAGAAAUCGCAGAUGCCUUGGGAACAGUCCCUCAAACGGUUUUGUGGCGAUACACGGGAGAGGUACCCCCCAACCUGCCAAAGAACGUAAAGCUCAUCAAAUGGCUGCCACAGAAUGAUCUUCUGGCUCACCCUAAGACUCGUGCCUUUAUUACCCACGGAGGUUCACACGGUGUUUACGAGGGCAUAUGCAAUGCGGUGCCGAUGGUACUAAUGCCAUUAUUUGGAGACCAGAUGGACAACGCCAAGCGAGUGGAGUCACGGGGAGCAGGACUGACCCUGAAUAUACUUGAAAUGACUUCGAAGGACAUAUCCACUGCCCUGAAAGCAGUUAUUAAUGAUAAAAAGUACAAAGACAACAUCAAGCGUCUCUCAGAGCUUCACCUCGACAGACCCAUUCACCCCCUGGACCUGGCUGUGCACUGGGUGGAGUUUGUAAUGAGACACAAAGGGGCCCCACACCUGCGACCUGCUGCUCACGACCUGAACUGGAUCCAGUACCACUCCCUGGACGUCAUCGCCUUCCUCCUUGCCGUGGUGCUCCUCUCCCUCUUCAUUUCUCUGAAGUGCUGCCUGUUCUGCUGCCGCAGGUGCUGCGGUAAGAAGGGAAGAACAAGAAAGUCAACCAAAUCAAAGUCCCACUAGCAGAUGAAACCAGUGGUAGGAGAUAAGGCCUCUGCUCCAGACCAGAAGGAUCAGAGAACAUCUCAAAUUUCACUAAAAUAAUUGCUUUCAGUCAAGAAAUUAUAGCAUUCCUUUAAACUAGCACCAGGGGAGGGGUUAUUUCACUGAUGUAAUUUUUACCUUUUAGAAUCAGUUGCUAAAAAUAAUUUGCAUAGGAGUGCUUCAGUCACUUAGGAAGACAUUAGUGUGAAGCCCAAGGCUCCUAGCUUCCACAUCUUGGUGUACAGAGGACUCACAGUGACAUAUCUUUUUUUUUUUUUAACCUCUAUAUGCAAUGGAGAUAUAUCAGGAUUUCAUAAGACUUUGCUUCAAGAGCUUUUGGAGAACCAUUUGCUCUGUAAGACUCAGGUUUAUCAAGCACUUUGAAAUCUUUGUAUAGCUGUUGUUACAGAAGAGGCAAAUGUUGUACGCUGACAAUACGUGUCACAUACGCCAAGCUAGACGCACAUCGCAAAUGGGUUUUGUGUGUGUUUACAAUACCCUGAACAAAAUUAAGGUUUUGGCAGGGAAGUGGUUGUAAAGCCACCGGUGUUUCACCCAAGUUCCCCGUCAGGCAGAAUCUGGUGUAUCUGGAGCGUACCUGUUAGGUGAUGAGACCUUUGUAAGCGAUGUUUAUAAAACCCAACUGAUUUACUCUUUGUAAGUGAGGUUCAGGUAAAGACCUAAACCCCAGCCCUACAAAUAAACCCCCAAUAUUAACAAUAA